UUUCAUUGCUUUGACGUCAUUCAGUAAAACAACCUACAGAACCAGGCAGCUCACAUCUUAUAAAAGAGUCCCCAAAAAUUCUUCAGCCUUCAAGUUGCCAGACGACCAGGAAUUUUCCCUGAAGAAGCAUCGGUAAUUUCAAUAUGAAGAUUCUAGUUUUAGCCAUUUUCCUGUCAGCCAUGCUGGCCUUAGCUUGUGGCGGAAUUGCUCACGAAGUCAACAAGCGAGCUGCACAAUCUGGUGGAGAUCGUCGUGGUGGAGGAUAUGGUGGUGGAAAUAGAGGACAAAGUGGGCACGGAGGAUAUGGCAGCGGAACCGGAGGACAUCGUGGUGGGCAGCAAAGUGGACAUGGGGGAUAUGGCAGCGGAAGCGGAGGACAUUGUGGUGGACAGCAAAGUGGACAUGGGGGAUAUGGCAGCGAGCACGGAGGACAGCGCGGUGGACAGAACGGAGGAUAUGGCAGCGAACACGGAGGACAGCGCGGUGGACAGAGCAGUGGUCAUGGGGGAUAUGGCAACCAGCACGGAGGACAACGUGGUGGACAAUACGGUGGAAACCGUGGAAGUAGUCAAGGUGACCGAGGAAGUUAUGGACAUGGAGGAGGAUAUCAUCAAGGUUAAACAAUUAGAAAUAAUUCUGCGAGAUAUUCCGAUUUCCUUUGAGCAACUUGGAGCAAUAUGCUUAUGGCCUUACCUUGAUCUCGUUUUUUUUUUUUUAAAUGUUGCAAAGUUCGCAUAAAAUAAAAAAUACAUUCUUAAA